UGAUACGGGGGUCAGCCCACAUAACUACCGCACCGAAGUCGCGCAGUUGGAACCGUGCCGUGCUUGUGUGAAUAAGUAUCGUGCUGUGUGUAGUUCUUUAUUAUAAACAAGCUUCUCUUAUCUGCGCUGUGGCAUUGACAGUAGGAAGAGACAACAAGUCGAAAUAUGUUACCAGCCGUGGCGGGAGCAGCCUUGAACUUGAUCGUAGUAGCCCUGCUUUACCUGAUCGUGGCUGCAAAAUGUUCGGUGGCGCAGUCGGUCCCAUGUGCGUUACGUCAGUACCGAACCGGUUCGGUGUGUGUCUGCAAUGUGACCUACUGCGAUACGUUGGAGUUCGAGGAACCGAUCACCGUUGGCGAGUUUUUGCUGGUGUCAAGCAGCCGGGAUGGUGUACGAUUUGGACAGUCUCGCGGGUGGUUUGGUAAUGCGUCGAAGGCGGACUUUAUUCCGGAGGUGAAGCCUGUACCGAAGCAACGGUUUGCACGUAGUACGAGGCCCGUUACGAUUCAGUUGAAUCGUCGGCGGAUGUUUCAGACUGUAGUCGGAUUUGGAGGGGCAUUUACCGGAGCGGUUUCCUAUAAUCUCGGGAAAUUGAAGCCAGCGCUGCGAAAGAGUUUGUACCGAUCGUACUACUCGAAGACGGUUGGAAUCGGGUACAACUUGAUGAGGAUUCCUAUUGGGGGCUGUGAUUUUGAUUUGAAACCGUGGGCGUAUAAUGAGCUGCCGGUGGACGAUCCCAUGUUGACGAACUUCACGGUACUGGAUGAGCGAGACACGAGUAAGAUCGCGCAAAUACAAGAACUGAUGGAUGUCGCAGAUAAUCACGAUAUCAAGUUUAUGGGUGCGGCAUGGAGUCCACCGAGGUGGAUGAAAUCCAACAAUGAUUGGAGUGGUUCCAGUCGACUCAAAGCGGCGUACUACCAAACCUGGGCCGAUUAUCAUAUCAAGUAUCUACAACUGGCGAAAGACGCUGGAUUGAAUUACUGGGCGAUCUCCACUGGAAACGAACCGAUGAAUGCGGUGAUCGGGUUUCUGUUUGUACGGUUCAUGAGUCUCGGCUGGACGGCUCCCAGUCAGGGGAAAUGGGUAGGCGAACAUCUUGGACCGACGCUUAAAAAUUCAGAUUUCCGGAACGUUAAACUAUUCUCGGGAGACGAUCAGCGGUACACGUUUCCUUGGUGGUUUUCCCAGAUGAACCAAGGUCACCCCAAUGCGACGAACUACCUGGACGGAUUAGCUGUCCAUUGGUACUGGGAUGGUGUUACGCCUCCGGCGCUGCUAGACCAGGCAGCUCACCUAUAUCCGGAUAAGUUGGUAUUCAACACGGAAGCUUCGCUUGGUGAUAAACCGUUCCAAACUCAUGGACCGAUCCUUGGCUCGUGGGAUCGUGCUGAAUCAUACAUAACGUACAUUUUGCAGGAUCUACAGCACAGCGUUCACGGAUGGAUCGACUGGAAUCUACUGCUGAAUGAAAUUGGUGGCCCAAACUAUGCUAAGAAUUAUGUUGAGAGCGCUGUUGUUGUAAACGCAACAUCUGGUAAGGAGGCUUACAAGCAGCCGAUUUUCUAUGGAUUAGGACACUUUUCCCGCUUCAUCACCGAGGGCUCGACACGGUUCGAAACUAUCAGUAGCGAUUCGGGAGUGAUCGUUGUAGGUUUUACUCGUCCGGAUCAGAAGACUACUUUGGUGUUUUACAACAAGAAAUCCAGUUCCUGCGAGGUGAUAAUCAAGGACCCGGAACGAGGAGUCGCUCAACUGCAUCUUCCACCCAAAUCAGUACAUUCCAUUCUGUACGCCUAGUUGAAGCCGUGACAAAUUUGUGUAAAUGAAACAAAAACAAUAAAUGAGCGCCUGCCUUCGUUCGA